CCCUGGCCUCCCUCCCCACCGGCGGCUUUCACGCACUCGCACUGAUUGUUUUGCCCGCUCCCGCCGCCGCGGCCGCGGCCGCCAGAGGAGCCAGCAGCGCUUGUGCAAACCGGGAAGAUGGCGGCCGGCGGUGGCGGAGGCAGCAGUAAGGCCUCCUCCUCGUCGGCCUCUUCGGCAGGGGCUCUGGAGUCCUCGUUGGAUCGAAAAUUCCAGUCGGUAACCAACACUAUGGAAUCCAUUCAAGGCCUGUCGUCUUGGUGUAUCGAGAACAAGAAACACCACAGUACUAUCGUCUACCAUUGGAUGAAGUGGCUCCGGAGAUCUGCAUACCCCCAUCGUUUGAAUCUCUUUUACCUUGCCAAUGAUGUCAUCCAGAAUUGUAAAAGGAAAAAUGCAAUCAUAUUCCGUGAAUCGUUUGCUGAUGUACUUCCUGAAGCAGCUGCUCUAGUGAAGGAUCCAUCUGUCUCUAAAUCUAUAGAACGAAUCUUUAAAAUCUGGGAAGAUAGAAAUGUAUACCCAGAAGAAAUGAUUGUGGCACUUAGAGAAGCUUUGAGUACCUCUUUCAAAACUCAGAAGCAGCUGAAAGAAAAUCUGAACAAACAACCGAAUAAGCAGUGGAAGAAAUCACAAACAUCCUCGAAUCCAAAAGCUGCUCUCAAGUCUAAAAUAGUCGCUGAAUUCCGAUCUCAGGCCCUCAUUGAAGAGCUAUUGCUGUAUAAGCGCUCAGAAGAUCAGAUAGAAUUGAAAGAGAAACAGUUAUCAACAAUGAGGGUGGAUGUAUGCAGCACAGAAACUCUAAAGUGCUUAAAAGAUAAAACAGGAGGAAAGAAGUUCUCUAAAGAAUUUGAGGAAGCAAGCUCUAAACUGGAGGAAUUUGUGAAUGGAUUAGAUAAGCAGGUGAAAAAUGGACCCUCACUAACAGAAGCACUGGAAAAUGCUGGAAUUUUCUAUGAAGCACAAUACAAAGAAGUAAAAGUGGUAGCAAAUGCAUAUAAAACAUUUGCUAAUCGAGUAAACAAUUUAAAGAAGAAGUUAGAUCAAUUGAAGUCAACUCUUCCUGAUCCUGAAGAAUCACCAGUCCCUUCUCCAAGCAUGGAUGCUCCCUCUCCAACUGGUUCUGAGUCUCCAUUUCAGGGAAUGGGAGGUGAAGAAUCACAGUCACCAACCAUGGAGAGUGAGAAAUCUGCCACCCCGGAACCUGUGACUGAUAAUCGUGAUGUGGAAGACAUGGAGCUCUCAGAUGUGGAAGAUGAUGGGUCAAAAAUCAUUGUGGAGGACAGGAAGGAAAAACCUAUGGAGAAGUCAGUCUCUACUUCUGUACCUACAAAGCCAACAGAAAGUACCUCAAAGGCCUCUUCGUGUGCCCCUGUUCCUGUGACCAUGACAGCAACUCCACCUCUUGCAAAGCCUGUGAAUACUACUCUUCUGCCCUCUUCCCCAGCUUUGGCUUUGCCAAACCUGGCUAAUGUGGAUCUGGCAAAGAUCAGUUCCAUCCUUAGCAGCCUGACAUCAGUCAUGAAAAAUACUGGGGUCAGUCCUGCAUCGAGACCUUCUCCAGGAACUCCCACCAGUCCCAGCAACAUCACCAGUGGCCUGAAACCACCUGCACCUGCCACAACAACUUCUCACAACCCUCUGGCAAAUAUCCUCUCGAAGGUGGAGAUCACCCCAGAGAGUAUUCUAUCUGCUCUUUCCAAAACCCAGACUCAGUCAGCCCCUGCACUACAAGGCCUGUCAUCUUUACUUCAGAGUGUUACUGGGAAUCCAGUUCCAGCUACCGAAGCUGCAUCCCAGAACAUUUCAUCCUCCCCAGCCAACACAACAGUGUCUACCAUAAAGGGAAGAAAUCUGCCCUCCAAUGCCCAGUCAUUUAUUCCCAAAAGCUUCAGCUAUUCUCCUAAUUCAUCAACUUCUGAAGUCUCUUCAACUUCUGCCAAUAAGGCAUCAAUUGGGCACAACCCAGGGCUCCCAAGCACUACUUUUAAACUACCUGCUAAUUCUCUAGGGUUUACAGGUACCCAUAACAGUAGCCCUGCUGCCCCACCUACUGAAGUUGCCAUAUGCCAAUCUUCAGAGGUUUCCAAGCCAAAGCUAGAGUCAGAGUCCACCUCCCCAAGCCUGGAAAUGAAGAUCCACAACUUCUUAAAAGGUAAUCCUGGUUUCAGUGGCUUAAACCUAAACAUCCCAAUCCUGAGCAGUUUGGGGUCCAGUGCCUCAACAGAGAGUCAUCCAUCAGACAUGCAGCGUGGCCCUACUAGCACCUCAAUGGACAACAUCGAUGGAACCCCGGUAAGGGAUGAGCGGAGUGGAACACCUACCCAGGAUGAGAUGAUGGACAAGCCCACGUCCAGCAGUGUAGAUACUAUGUCCUUGCUUUCUAAGAUCAUUAGCCCUGGUUCCUCAACACCGAGCAGUACAAGGUCACCACCCCCUGGGAGAGAGGAAAGCUACUCCCGGGAGCUCUCCAAUUCUUCGUCUACAUAUCGACCCUUUGGCCUGGGCAGCGAGUCUCCCUAUAAGCAGUCUUCUGAUGGAAUGGAGAGACCAUCUUCCCUGAUGGACUCUUCCCAGGAAAAGUUCUUUCCAGAUACUUCUUUCCAAGAAGAUGAGGAUUAUCGAGAUUUUGAGUAUUCAGGGCCUCCACCUUCUGCUAUGAUGAACCUAGAGAAGAAACCAGCCAAAUCGAUCCUGAAGUCAAGCAAGCUUGCUGAUGCCACCGAGUACCAGCCAAUCCUGUCCAGUUACAGCCACAGGGCUCAAGAAUUUGGGGUAAAGUCUGCCUUCCCUCCAUCUGUGAGAGCUCUCCUGGACUCUAGUGAGAACUGUGACCGUCUCUCAUCUUCCCCUGGUCUAUUUGGUGCCUUCAACAUAAGAGGGAAUGAACCUGGGUCUGACCGGUCACCAUCGCCGAGUAAGAAUGAUUCAUUUUUCACCCCUGACUCCAACCACAAUAGCUUGUCUCAGUCUACCACUGGGCAUCUCACUUUGCCACAGAAGCAGUACCCAGACUCUCCUCACCCAGUUCCACAUCGUUCCCUUUUCUCUCCGCAGAGUACCCUUGCAGCUCCCACGGGCCACCCACCCGCAUCAGGCAUGGAGAAAGUCCUGGCCUCCACCAUUUCUACCACCUCGACGAUUGAGUUUAAGAAUAUGCUUAAAAAUGCCUCGCGCAAGCCCUCCGAUGAUAAGCAUUUUGGCCAGACCCCCAACAAGGGCACUUCCAGUGAUGGUGUCAGCCUGUCCAACCUCACCCAACCCAGUUUGACAGCCACUGAGCAGCAACAAGAAGAGCACUAUCGCAUAGAAACCCGUGUCUCCUCCUCCUGCUUAGACUUGCCUGAUAGCACAGAAGAAAAGGGGGCCCCUAUAGAAACUCUGGGUUACCAUAAUGCAGCCAAUAGGAGGAUGUCAGGGGAGCCAAUACAGACGGUAGAGUCCAUCCGAGUUCCUGGGAAGGGAAAUAGAGGACAUGGGCGUGAGGCUUCAAGGGUGGGUUGGUUUGAUCUGAGCACAUCAGGCAGCUCUUUUGACAAUGGUCCCUCAAGUGCCUCUGAGCUGGCAUCCCUUGGGGGUGGGGGCAGCGGAGGCCUCACUGGUUUUAAAACAACACCAUACAAGGAACGGGCACCCCAAUUUCAGGAGAGUGUCGGCAGCUUUCGUUCCAACAGUUUCAACUCAACAUUUGAGCAUCAUCUCCCCCCAUCCCCCCUGGAACAUGGGGCACCCUUCCAGAGAGAGCCAGUGGGGCCGUCACCUGCCCCGCCCGCCCCGUCUAAGGAUCAUGGUGGUAUCUUCUCUCGAGAUGCGCCCACUCAUCUGCCCUCUGUGGAUCUUUCGAACCCCUUCACAAAAGAGGCGGCCCUGGCUCACGCGGCCCCACCGCCGCCUCCUGGCGAGCACAGCGGAGUUUCUUUCCCAACCCCACCCCCUCCACCCCCUGGGGAACAUAGCAGUGGCGGCAGCGCUGUCCCCUUUGCUACUCCACCCCCUCCGCCCCCGGUUGACCACUCCGGGGUUAUUCCCUUCCCAACCCCACCACUGGCAGAACACGGAGUGGCAGGGGCUGUGGCAGUGUUUCCCAAGGACCAUAGUUCUCUCCUUCAAGGGGCCCUGGCUGAGCAUUUUGGGGUGCUCACAGGACCCAGGGACCAUGUGGGCCCCACCCAACGGGACCUCAACGGCCCUGGCCUUAGCCGUGUACGCGAGAGCCUGAGCCUGCCCUCCCAUUCUCUGGAGCACCUGGGUCCAGCCCAUGGAGGAGGAGGUGGGGGACUCGGCACCAGCAGCAGUGGCCCCCUCCUGGGUCCCUCACACAGAGACACCAUCAGCCGGAGUGGUAUGAUUUUACGGAGUCCCAGGCCAGAUUUUAGGCCCCGGGAACCUUUUCUUGGCAGAGACCCAUUCCACAGUUUAAAAAGACCCAGGCCACCUUUUGCUAGGGGCCCUCCGUUCUUUGCACCAAAACGCCCAUUCUUCCCUCCCAGGUACUGAUUUGGAACCAUGGGAAAGACAAUUUGAACAGUUCAGAGAGCAUUGGAAGUAGGAGUUUGGUUAAUUGUUGUUUUUAUUUGUUUUCCCUCCCUUGAUUUACUUUUUUUUUUAAAUGAAGGGCCUCUUUUCCAAAUUAAAAAGCUACACAUAUUUUACUAUUCCAUCUAUCCUCUCUCCCACUCCACUUACUACCUUCCUUCCCCAAGUUGUUUGUAUUUUUAAAAAGAAGAAAUAAACACAACCAAAGCCACUGCAUUUGGCCAGGGUUCUGGGGAGUGGAGAGGAAAACUAAGUUCUGUCCCAUCGAAUAUUACUACAUUGAAAUAAAACUUCCCUCAGUACAGGUGAUGACGUGCAAUGUUGGGGUGUUACUUUGGGCUUGACCCGUUUAGUACUCCAGGGUUCCUGUCCCCUUCCUUUCUUGUACUUGCUGUCCUGCUGAUAGCCAAGAGCUGAUACUUUUGAGGAAGGAAAUAUGGGAGACCUUGGGCCUGUCCAGUUUUGUUUUGUUUUUAAAGGUACUGAAAUUGAGUUCUUUGCCCUGCUAAAAAAUUAAUUUUUUAAUCACUUCUUCCUUUAAAGUGCUAUCAGGCCGUCAUGUUACUUUGAGGUACUCUAAACCUCACUGUUCAAGUGGAAAGUUUUCCUUUUGUCCGUUGAAUGGAAUUCAGGAAGCUGAAUAGAAUUUCAAAGUUGAAAGUGUGACUACAGUAUAAAAAGCUAAGAAAGGAACCGUGUUUUGUUUUUGUUUUUUUCAUGUGAUGUGAUCUGAUCUUUGUAAAAGAAAGAUUAGCAAAUGUUCCAGUAGUUCCCACACAUCUUCUAUAAGCCCUUGCCUACUGCUUCUCUUUCUUUUUCUUACUCAGUUACCAUUUCUGUUUGCCUACAAAGUUCCCAUGAUUGACAGUUGACACAAAGGUGCAAUUGAAAUAUCCCUGCAUUUUUAAACAAUAAGUAGACCUUAAUUUUACCAUUGGUCUCCCUAAUGUGAUGCUCAGCGGUGGUUUUCAGUAAACUUUACCUGUUAGAGAAAGGAAAAUAUUUUGUCUUUGUAUUCCUUUUCCCCUUUUCCCCAGUCCUCAAUUCACCCUUGUUCUUGGUAUUUCAAAGGCGAUUUGGUAGUAUCUUUGUAUUAUACCUCUUCAAGUGUGUCUUAGAAACAGGUGGGCAUUACUCUACAGUUUUCACAGAGAAAUAGAAGGACUUGAUAAGUCCAAAUUGACACCCCUCUGCAGCUAGCAGCUUGAUAUAUUUCAAGGCUCAAGCUUAGCUAAGUCUCCACCUCCCUCCCCCCAAUAAGAAGUAAAGAACAUUUGUGCCCUUAGUCAUUUUACAUGAGAAGUGUUUCCUUCUCCCUGACUUAAAAGAUUUGUUUGUAUUCUACAACCAGUACUUGGGAAAAGAGACAAUCACUGUACUUUGAGCGUUUAUAUCUUUGUAUGUAGGGACACUAAAAGGCAAAUACUGCUUAUUACAAUUUUUUAAUUUAGUAUUUUACACCAAGAUAUACACUGAUAAUCUCCAGCUAGAUGAAUAAAACAGUACUAACAGUUUUUAAAUGAAUCCUAGCAAGAUUCAUGUAUUCUCUCUGAAGUUAGUAUAGAACUAACCCAUAGGGUACUACAGGAAUUUUUGGAUUUCUCUGUGAAAUAAAAGAUGGAAGAAAGUGAGCAAUGUAGUAGAAGACCAUUCUUUAUCUCAAAUCUGCUUUUAAAAGAAGGAGCAGCCUAAACCAGGUGUGCAUUAUAGCUUGGGAGUUUGUGUUAUGUAUUUCAUGUUAUUUAUUUUAGUUCACCUUGUGUUCUGUGGUUAGGAUGUGGCAGAUCAUUCAUCUCCUUAAUGCCUAUCUGGUCUUAAGCCAGCUGUUCUUAACUUUAACCCUCUCAAGCCUCUGCCCUGUCUGUAGCUCUCCCCACAAAAAUGCAUGAUAUCAUGACCUUGUGUGUGGGAUGGGGUAUAUAGUAUAGCAAAGCAAAAGAAGUAGAGUUAUAUUGAGUAUUAAGACAUUUGUAUAGCAAAAACAAAACAAAAAAAGCAUAAGAGAAAGUGGGGGUGGGAGUAGGGUAUUCUAUUUUACUUGCAAAGUUGACUUUUUUUUGUAGAAAUUAAGUGGGAUGAUUUUCAUUCUAGAAUAAAAGAAUGUGAAUUCUUUCUGCUGCUCUUGUUUAAGCUAAAUGUAGUGUUUACUUGAAAAGGCUCACUGACCGUUUGAUUUUAUCAGAAAAUGUGGGGAUAUCAGGAAAGUAGCUUCCUGGAUGUUGGGACAGGGUAAUUGUCCUCAAAAGUGUGAUGGCUGAUACAUGAAAGGAAGACACUGUACAGGUCAAAGAUGGACUUUUAAGAGGUGUGUGUGUUUGUUUUGUGUGUGUGAUAAUUCGGUUUUACCACAAGAUCCUCAGUACAUUUGUUUCAGGAUGGAAGUGAGGAUUUGUAUGAGACUGCUGGCUAUUAAGGAAGUCUGUCUACAACAGUAAAAGAAGACGACAAUGUAUAUAUGUGAUAUAGUGAAACAAAAAGAAUUCUGGUAUUCAUAAAACAUGAAACAAAAGGGUUUUAUUCUUUCUGUGUCUGUGAUUUAAACUCUGUGACCAUGCUCUGACUUUUGUAUUUCAUCCAACUUAAAAAAAAUAAACAUAUUUUUUAAAGAAUGUAUUAAUAUAGCGUGUCUUAGCAAGGACUUGAUUCCAUAUGAAAGCAUAUGUGAAGUUGCCUAAGGUCCUUGGUGCUCACUAUAAAAUCACAGACAAAGAAUUCUAGUGAAGAUACUAGUACUGCUUAAAAUUUAGUGAUACGGUAUCAGAAAUAAGGUCCCUGAAGUAUUUUGUAAGAGAUUUCUCUUCGAUUAAGUAAGAGAGAGCUUUCUCCCUUAUGUUCUCCCUAGAGUCCAGGUAAAUCAUAAGUUGGUUUAAUUAGAGAGGGUAAAAUGAACAGAAUAGGACUCAUCCUCCUAUCACCAGGAAUAUAAUGUGAUACAUAGUACAGCAAACCUUUCUCUGUCUAGACCUUGUGAAUAUGAUAUAUUUCCACAAUUGCAGAAUAAUCACUAUCAGUCCUGAAGUUACCUGUUCAUGCAGAAUUAAGCUUCAGCUGUUACAAUUUUUGAAGCUGCUGUAAAUUACUGCUUCCUCCCUUUUUUUAAAAAAAAUUGGUGGAGUGCCUGUUAAUAAAUUAGAUAAGUUGGAUUGAUAUUUCUCACGUGUUUAGUUUGGAAAACAAAAACAACUACAUGCUUUAGAGGCAACAACGAGAUCCUUUUGAAAUGUGUAUUAAUAUCAUUUAAUAAAAUAACUAGUUCUAAAGGUUUGACAUUUUUCUUUGAGGUUGGGGCUUUGACCAAGGGCCCCUGGCUGCUCUACCGAAUCAAAUAUGAGACAGCUCUCCAGGAGUGGAAACUGCUGCUUUGUGGUUCAGACCUGUGGUUGGAAAGUCUAAAAUUUCUCCAACGAAGAUCCAACAUGACUGCCCAGGGCUGAGAGUGAAAUCAACUACAGAGUGCUGAAAAGCCCGGAUAUGUCUCUGGAGAUGCAAUUGUAUUGGCUUUUGGUGUAAGGGUAUGUGGGGAAGGGAAGUGAGAAUAGUGUGUACUGAGCAAUUAUCGGGCACACAGAAAGAUGUCAUAGAGCACUCAUCCCUUCCUCAUGACCGCUUGCACUUACUUCUUGCCAUUCCUUUUUUUAAAAAAACUCUUUGUCCUCAAUGUUUUGUUUUCCAGAUUAAUAAAGUAUAGUUUUCUUUGUUG